AACAACCUCUCUCUCUCUCUCUCUCUCGCUAUAUGUUUCACGUAUAUAUAUUUAACUCUCCCUAAUCUCAGCUAGGAAUUCCAUUUCUUUUGAUUUAUUUGAAAGGAGUGGAAUAACCAAGAAAAAUAAAGGAAGAGAAGAAGAAAAGGUUAAAGAGAGAGAGAGUGAGAGCACGAACGCAUCCUCUGUUUUUAUUUAUGUAUAAUCUUUUUAGAUCUUGGUUCAAUCCGAUUUUCUCAUCUGGGUUCUCUCACUUAAAUGGAUUGCGAGAUUGAAUCUUGAUUGAUGAAUGAAGAAUCCAAUGAUUUUAAAAUAAAUCCAACAUUGCCCACUUCUUAUUUUAUCAGUGCUGAGCUUGGGUUCCUACCUGAUUUUCUGGAUAAGAAAAUAUGGAGUUGGAUCUAGGUAAACUGUUUAUUGGUGGGAUUUCUUGGGACACUAAUGAGGAACGUCUUAAAGAAUAUUUUGGAACAUAUGGAAAAGUGGUGGAAGCAGUGAUCAUGAGAGAUUGCACCACCGGUCGUGCUCGUGGCUUCGGUUUUGUAGUUUUUGCCAAUCCAGCAGUGGCUGAAAGAGUGAUUAUGGAGAAACACGUGAUUGAUGGACGAACGGUGGAAGCAAAGAAAGCCAUUCCAAGGGAUGAUCAACAUUUAAUAACUAGAAAUAUUGGUAGCAUUCAAGGAUCACCAAGUCCUGGACGCACAAAAAAGAUAUUUGUAGGAGGAUUAGCAUCAAAUGUCACUGAGAGUGACUUCAAAAGUUACUUCGAUCAGUUUGGUACGAUAACAGAUGUCGUAGUAAUGUAUGACCACAACACCCAAAGGCCAAGAGGUUUUGGCUUCAUAACAUAUGAUUCAGAGGAUGCAGUGGCUAUGGUGUUGCACAAAACCUUUCAUGAGUUAAAUGGUAAGAUGGUUGAGGUAAAGCAGGCAGUUCCUAAAGAAUUGUCACCGGGACCCAGCCGGAGUCCUUUUGCGGGGUACAACUAUGGCUUUAGUAGAGCCAUGCUCGGUAACUAUGCUGAGGGAUACAAUUUGAGCUCACUUGGAGGCUAUGGGGUCAGGGUGGACGGUAGGUACAGUCCAUUAGCUAGUGCUCAUGCUGGAUUCACGCAUUUUGGUUCUCCUUCUUAUGGGAUGGGUAUGAAUGUGGAGCAAAGGUUGAAUCCUGGCUAUGGAGGGGGUUCAAACUUCAAUAGUAAUCUUGGUUAUGGACAGGUUCUGAACCCCUAUUUUGGUGGUAAUCCAAACAGAUAUAAUACUGCUAUUGGUUACAACACCAAUAGAAGCAGGGGUGAUUCCUUUAUAAGUUCACCAUCUAGAAAUGUGUGGGGAAAUGGUGGCUUAAAUACUUCUCCAACUAAUGUCAGCUCUGGUUCAUACUUCGAUUCUGGAAGUGGUGGACUGGGAGUCUUUGGAAAUAACGGAGCAAACUGGGGAACUUCUCCUAUUGCUGCCUCACUUGGAGGGACUUCUUUUGGCUACAGGGGUGGAGAAAACAGUUAUGCGGUGGGAACAAGAGGAUUUGGACGAAACAGUGGUACUGGUGUAAUCACAACGUCUUCUUUCACCACAUCGAGUGGUGGUUAUGAAGGAUCUAAUGGGGGCUCGGUCUAUGGCAAUCCAACUUGGCGAACUGCAUCUUCUGACCUAGAUAAUUCUGGUUCAUUUGGUUAUGGACUUGGAAACACAGAUGAUAUAACUGCUAAAGCUUCUGAGGAUUAUGGCACUGACUAUAGUAUUGCAAAUAGACAACCUAAAAGAGGAAUUGCUGGAUAGGAAAUGUAAGUAUCAGAUGUCUGAAGAUAAUAACAGGAGAAGUGAGAAUUCAGAAAUGUGGAUUGUGAAUUUCUUACAUAUUCCUCAUAGCAUUUAAUUGUAUCAUUAUACAGAGCUAACCAGGUUCUUGUUCAAAGUAUACGUCUUCAGACAGAGCAGUUUCGAGGGAUUUUGUGAAGAUUUGAGAUUUGGUUUCUAUGCAUAACUUAGGUUCCUUUAAUGUAAAAUCAGAUUGCGGGAUACAUUGUGGAAGAUCCAUUCUAGUUUAUUUUUUGAGCAAUCUCUUCAACAAGACGGUUCCAUUGGUACAACAUGAAGUAGGGAAUUUUUUAUUUUCCUUUUAUACUCUUAUCAAUUUCACUCUUCGUCGGCCCUAUGCCUUUUUGCGACAUCUUGUAUUUUUCUCUGAUUGUAUGUGAGCUUCUAUUUGAUGUACUAGCGUGUGUAGGUUCUCCCAUUAAUAAAAUAUUGAAUAUUUGAUUCAUUCAAGUCGAAUUUCAGUAUGAUAUGAUAUUGAUUCUAACA